GCUGCAGGGAAGUGGGUUCGCCUUGCCUUGUUCUUUCUUCUAAUCGCCGAGUCCCGCUACGCCCGGCCCUCGGCGGCAGCGCUGACGGGGUGUUCCUGAAGACCGGACACUGCCGACAGGCACCGUGCAUGAGUGUACAGAGAGCGAGAGCCCAGGCCCCGGCCAGUGAGAUUCCUGCUGGGGAGACGUGGCUGCUGCACUGGAGAGCGUGGCAGCCGGGAGCUAGAGGAGCAGGACCCAGGAGGUGUGCAGGCAGGGCCCGAGGAUGCAGAAGAUCCUCGUGUCGUCCAAACCGGUACUGCAGUCUGGAGUAUCCAAGGUGGUCGGCACCACAGCUAGUAAAGCAACAGCUGCAGGAGGAGACAGUCCAGUGACUUGUGUCAUCCAGACCAGAGCCCGUCCAGCACCAAGAGCUUUGGGGGCAGGACGCGAUGCAGGCCAUGCAGCCCCUUUGUGAGGCCGAGCUGCCCUCCGCGACCUCACAGCUGUCACCGCGGGAUGAGCUCCCCACCCCAGAGCCCUGGCGCCAGCUCUUCCGUGGCCUGCGCUACCGGGAAGCCGAGGGCCCCGGGAAGAUUUGCAGCCGCCUGCGGGAGCUGUGCCGGCGCUGGCUGGAGCCCCAGCACUGCAGCAAGGAGCAGAUGCUGGAGCUGGUGGUGCUGGAGCAGUUCCUGGCCAUCCUGCCCCUGGAGAUGCGGAGCUGGGUGUGCGGGUGCCGCGUGGAGACGUGUGCCCAGGCCGUGGCCCUGGCCGAGGGGUUUCAGCUGGGGCAGGCGGAGGAUGAGAAGCUCCAGGUCACCAUGCGUGUGAAGCUCGAGGAAGGGUCCUCAGACCAGCUGCAGCCCCCGGGGGCCCUGCCAGAGCCUGGUGAUUCCUGGGUGCAGCAGCCAAAGGCUCAUCGUAAGGACAGGCCUCUGGAGGAGGCAGGAAAUUGGGAAACCUCAGGGCCCAAGGAUGACCUGCCUCAUGUCCCCAAAGAGGAGCCCUCGCCCAACCUGGACCCAGGUGCCGGGACCCUGAGCAGAGUGGAUCAGCAGCCUCCCGAGGAAGGGCCUGUAAACCUGGAGCUGCAGAGACCCUCCCCAGGGAGACGGGGACAGAGCGGCUCCCUGACGCCUGGGCCGGGCCAGUUGCAGGAGGGGCAGGGCAGGCCGGCGAACCAGGGGGAGAGCAUGGAGCUCCUGGAGGUGUUCAAGGAUGUGGCAGUGUAUUUCACACGGGAGGAGUGGGAGCUGCUGGAAGAGGAGGAAAAGGGGCUUUACCGGGACCAGAUGCUGAGGAACCACCAAGCCCUCCUUUCCCUGGCAGGAUAUGGAGGCCCUUCCCCUGACUUGAUCAGCCGCAUCCAGCGAGGAAAGGUGGAGCUCUGGGUCUGUGAUGAUGAGGACCGUGGGGCGAUCUUGAGCUCGGAGGACCUGCAGCCAGGACAUGCCUGGUUGCUGAGCAGAACUGAGGAGCAGGCUGCUGAGGAAGGGCCUGGAAAGCUGGAGCCACCAUGGGCUUCCCUGUUGAGUAUGGGCGAGUUGUAUUCCCUGAGCACAGAGAAGGACCAAGGCCACAAGGGUCAGGGGAUGACCCCAAAGCAGGAGAAUGUAGCAGUGAAUGUGGUCCCAUCUCUAGUUGGACAUUGGAGUGAAGAGGGGAAAGAAGCCAGUAAAAGGCCAAAGUGCAGGGAUGAGUAUGUCAUGCUGAGACACCUGAAGAGGAAAAAAGCAAAGGUGCACUGGAGAGAGACACUGCAUGCAAACCAAGGCAGUGUGGGGGGCCUCAGAGGGAAGCAGGAGCUCACUGCCAAGCCCAGGUGGAGAGCCUACCCCUGCCCUCAGUGCAGGAAAAGCUUUAGCUGCCCCUUGCUUCUGGCUCUGCACAAGAUAAGGCACGCUGGGGAGAAGCCCCAUGUACACGCCACGUGUGGGAAGACCUUCACCUGCCUCUCGACCCUGGCUGCUCACCACCAGAUCCAUUCUGGACAGCUCCCCCACCGCUUCACCAAAAGGGGGAAGAGCAUUGUGCUGCUCAAAAACCAGGUUGUGCACAGGAAGAAGCAUCAGUACCGCUGUGUCACAUGUGGUAAGACCUUCACCCAUUUUUUCUCCCUGGUUCAGCACCGGCGCAUGCACUUGGGGAGGAAGACACACCGCUGCAACGAGUGCAGGAAGAACUUCAUCAGCUGGCAAGGCCUGUCCCAGCACCGGUGUGUGUGGAGGAGGCAGCAGCCACACUGCUGCACGAAGUGUGGGAAGAGCUUCAGGCAGCCCUCCAGCCUGGCCAGGCACAGGUGCAUGCAGACACAGGAGAAGCCUCAUCAUUGCUCUGUGUGUGGGAAGAGCUUCAUCUCCUCUUCCAAGCUGGCCCAACACCAGGUUGUCCACACAGGGCAGAAGCUACAUCAGUGCUCUGCAUGUGGGAAGAGCUUCACCCACUCCUCCACCCUGACGUUGCACCAGCACAUCCACACAGGGGAGAAGCCACAUCAGUGCUCUGAGUGUGGGAAGAGCUUCAGUUAUGCUUCUGAGCUAGCCCGGCACCGGCGCGUCCACACAGGGGAGAAGCCAUAUAAGUGCUCCGAGUGUGGGAAGAGCUUCACUUAUUCCUCCUCCCUGUCCAAGCACAAGCGCAUUCACAUGGGAGAGAAGCCAUAUCAGUGCUCUGAGUGUGGGAAGAGCUUCACUUAUUCCUCCUCCCUGGCCAAGCACAAGUGUAUUCACAUGGGAGAGAAGCCAUAUCAGUGCUCUGAGUGUGGGAAGAGCUUCACUUAUUCCACCUCCCUGGCCAAGCACAAGCACAUUCACAUGGGAGAGAAGCCAUAUCAGUGCUCCGAGUGUGGGAAGAGUUUCAUUUAUUCCUCCCACCUGACCAAGCACCUGCGUGUCCACACAGGGGAGAAGCCAUAUCAGUGCUCUGAGUGUGGGAAGAGCUUCAGUUAUUCCUCCUCCCUGGCCUGCCACCAGCGUACUCACACAGGAGAGAAGCCAUAUCAGUGCUUUGAGUGUGGGAAGAGCUUCAGUUAUUCCUCCCACUUGGCCCAGCACCAGCGCAUGCACACGGGGGAGAAGCCAUAUCAGUGCUCUGAGUGUGGGAAGAGCUUCAGUUAUUCUUCUUCCCUGGCCAAGCACAAGCUCAUUCACACGGGAGAGAAAACAUAUCAGUGCUCUGAGUGUGGGAAAAGCUUUACUUGCUCCUCUGGCCUGGCUCAGCACCGACGCAUCCACACAGGGUUGAAGACGCAUCAGUGCUCUGUGUGUGGGAAGAGCUUCACCCACUCCUCCCACCUGGCCCAACACCAGCGUGUCCACACAGGGGAGAAGCCAUAUCAAUGCUCUGAGUGUGGGAAGAGUUUCAGCCUCCUCUCCAGCCUGGCCCGGCACCAGCGCAUCCACACCGGGGAGAAGCCAUAUCAGUGCUCUGUGUGUGGGAAGAGCUUCACCCAAGCCUUCUCCCUGGCCAAGCACCAGUGCAUCCACACAGGGGAGAAGCCAUAUCAGUGCUCUGAGUGUGGGAAGAAUUUCAGCAUCCUCUCCAGCCUGGCCCAGCACCAACGCGUCCACACAGGGGAGAAGCCAUAUCAGUGCAAUGAGUGUGGGAAGAGUUUCAGCGUCCUCUCCAGCCUGGCCCGGCACCAGCGCAUGCACAAAGGGGAGAAGCCACAUCAUUGCUCUUAGUGUAGGCAGAGCUUCAGCUACUCCUGCAGCCUGUGCUGAACACCGGUGCAUCUACACGGGGGAGAAGCUACAUGGGUGCUCUGAGUAUUGGAAAAGCUUCACCCAUUUCUCCCACCCCUACUGGAAUCAGCACAUCCACACCCAGAAGCAUCCCUAAUUCUGCCAGCAGUGCAGGAAGGCCUUGGAGAUGUCUGCCUGCUCAGCACCCACCAGUGGUGCAUUCAGACAAGCAUCCUCUUGCUGGUGGCCUGCAGAAAGAGUUCCCCCAGGCUUUGUCCCUUGUAGGGUACAGUGGGAGUCCAGAUCCCAGACGCUGGCCCCAAGGUAUGGUUGUGUGUGGGGGCUAAGAGGAAACACCUCAGGCAGCGGUCAGCCCCAGUGUGGGGGGAGGAGAUGAGGAGGAGAUGAUCUUUGCAUCAGCCUUGGAGCCUGUGCAUUCCCCAUCAUUCUCUAACAGUACUCUCAGGGGAAGACGUGCCUUCACGCCAGGGUGCCCUCUCCCAGACGUCUGACUUCAGAUGACACCCAGGCACUUUCCUUGGCUGCCUCCCAGCUUUCUCCUUCCUCCUGGUCGAGGGGUUCUGGUAUAUGAGCCCCUGAGUUGCAGGGAGGAGUGCAUUUAUGGCUGGGGAAGCAUUCCCUACCCUCCUUCCUGACCUCGCCUUUCCUCACCACCACAUCACCCCUCUUCCAGACCUGCCCAUGCCCAGUGGGGUCUGCAACGAGCUGCUUCUGCCACCUCUCGAGCCUUUUUAGCCUGUUUUGCUUUUCGGCCUUAGCAGAAACAUGCAUCACGGGGUGCAUGCUACUCCCCUGCCCUCCUCCUCUUCAUUGCAUUCUCUUUCAUGCAUUCCCUGCUACUAAAGCCCCAGAACUGGACAUGCUA